AUGGCUUCUUUGGCUUCACACAAGUGCCUGUUGUUCUCUUUGGUGAUCUUCGGCAUUUGGGUUUCGGUCUCUACCGCGUCUCGAUAUCUGAGUGAAGCGUCCAUGGUUGACAGGCACGAGAAAUGGAUGGCUCAGCACGGGCGGGUCUACAAGGACGCAGCAGAAAAGUUGCACAGGUUCAAGAUAUUCAAGGCCAACGUCGAGUACAUUGAAGCGUUUAACUCUGCAGGAGUGCACAAGUACAACCUCGGAGCUAACCAGUUUGCUGAUCUGAUGAACGAGGAGUUCAGGGCCUCCUAUAACGGGUUCAGGCCUUCGAAGUCAAUUGUAGGGAAGGCGGCAGACCGAAGCAGCUUCAAGUAUGAGAAUUUUACUGCAGCUCCGGCGAGCAUGGAUUGGAGGACCAAGGGUGCUGUAACAUUAGCUUCCUAG